AUGGUAGUUCUCUGGAGGCCUACUGUCCUCUGCAGUUCCCAAGGAGGCCGAACUCUAUUCCUCCGGACCCCAGUGGUCAGACAUGCUCCUCUCUCCACCUUUCUACCAGACCGACGUACCCCAGGAUGGUGUGGAGUGAAGGGAGUGCAGCACAUUCACCUGUCACUAACACAUCACUGGGCCUUGGACAAGUUGUUAUUGACUGUGUUCACGGGGUUGCAUGGCGGAAAGCUGCCAAGGCAGGCCUUUUGGCACUCUCAGCUUUAA